UAACCGUGCCAAACAUGUCAAUGUUACAAAGCAACUCUUCUUUGACUGAAUUUUUUCUCGUUGGGUUUCAGAAUCUUAACUCCUUCAAAAUCCCACUCUUCCUUCUUCUUAUUAUUACGUACAUCAUGGCUAUAAGUGGAAAUCUUCUCAUUGUUGUGCUGGUAUCAACCAGUCAUCUUCUGAGGUCUCCCAUGUAUUUCUUCCUUUGCCAUUUGUCUAUAUGUGAUUUUGUACUAUGCUCAAGCGUUAUCCCAAAAACCUUAAAUGUUAUAAUACAUGGGGGAAGCAGUAUACCUUUCUUGGCCUGUUUCAUUCAAUUUUACAUUUUUGGAUCUUGUCUCUCGACAGAAUGCUAUCUCCUGACGGCAAUGUCCUAUGACCGAUAUGUGGCCAUCUGCCACCCCCUGAGUUAUAUCUUGAUCAUGAACUUCAAUAUUUGCCUUUAUCUUGCUGCAAGUUCUUGGCUUGCUGCAUUUUUUAUUUCCAUAAUUUCUCUCUUUAUGGUCUACAGUUUGAAUUUUUGUGGCCCCAACACUAUAGAUCACAUUUAUUGUGACCUCAGUCCUAUAUUAGAACUUUCCUGUUCAGAUACUUUUGUGGCUAAAAUGGGGGCAUCACUUCUAACCACCAUUAUUGUCAUUUUUCCUUUUGUGUUUGUCAUUGUGACCUAUGUGUACAUCUUUACCACCAUUCUUGGCAUCACCUCCAACAUCGGGAAGCAGAAAGCCUUCUCUACUUGUAGCUCUCAUCUUUCUGUUGUGUGUGCAUUUUAUGGUUCGUUAAUCAGCAUUUAUUUUAGUCCUUCCAAAGGAAACUCCCUCAAUACAAAUAAGGUCAUAUCUCUUUUAUAUACGCUGUUUACCCCUUUGUUCAAUCCAGUUAUAUACACUUUGAGAAACCAGAUAAUCAGAAAAACUGUGAUUAUAUUUUUUAAAAGAAUAUCACAACUCGAUGUGCAUUCCUUUUGCUGA